UAUGCGAUUCUUAAAACCCUUGGCAAGGGAAAUUUCGGCAAGGUUUAUCUAGCCAAUGAUUCUCUCACCGGAGAAAACGUAGCCGUAAAGGUGAUGAGUAUGUCGGCUUUUAAGAACGACGACCAGCAGAUACAUGCCCACAGCGAACAGACUAUAUGCGAUGCCUUUGUUACAUCGCUCAACCAUAAAAACAUUGUCAGGGUUAUAGAGGUCACAGCAGACGACAGCAAUAUGUGUGUUGUAAUGGAGUAUGUGUCAGGUGGAGAACUUUAUGAUGCUAUUCGGAAGGUUCGCAAACUACAAGAACCCAAAGCUCAAAAGUGGUUCCGAGAGUUGGUAGAGGCAGUGGGCUAUAUACAUAAGAACAAGAUCGUCCAUCGCGACCUGAAGCCUGAGAAUGUUUUGAUUGACCAACAUGGCCACAUCAGAUUAUGUGAUUUUGGAUUUGGAAGAAAACUCGACGAUGAAGAAGGCUUACUCAAGACAUAUUGCGGGAGUCCUUACUACGCAGCUCCAGAGAUGGUGACCGCAACACCACACAAAGGGCCUCCUGUCGACAUGUGGAGUUGUGGCGUGAUUUUGUAUGCUAUGCUUACCGGAAAACUUCCCUUCCAAAGCGAAACCAUGCCCCAGCUAUUUAAAAAAAUCAGUUUGGCCAGCUACACACCUCCGCGAGAUGUAUCUAAUCAAGCUAGUAAUCUAAUAAGCCGGCUGCUGUGCAAGAACCCCAAUGACCGACUGACGGCCCACCAAUGUUUGUCUCAUCCGUGGCUC